AUGCAUGAACCUCAGUUCUACCAAUUGGCUGCUACCAAUCUUGCUUGGCAAGAGGCUACGCUACAAGAAUUUCAGCUCCUGAGAUAUAAAGCAAGACUAGUUAUCAGAGAUGAUUCUCAAGGGGAAGAAAUUGACUUUACAGAAACAUUUUCCCCUGUUGUUAAGCUCACUACCAUCAAAUGCUUACUAAUUCUGGUUGCUAAAAACAAGUGGACUGUCUUCCAGCUUGAUGUUAAUAAUGUUGUCCUUCAUGGUGACUCCAUGAGGAGGCAAGCUUCCAGACAGUGGUUUUCAAAACUGUCUGAAGCUUUGAUCUCCAGAGGCUACAUUUCAAGUCUUAAUGACUACUCUUUGUUCACCAAAUCCACUGCUGAUUGUCUAGUUGUAUUAGCUGUGUAUCAUUUCUCUUCUGUACCAACCUUAUUGGAUCCUUCUGUCAAGCUCACUAUGGAUAUGGGAGAGCCUUUCUCUGAUCCUAGCUUGUAUAGAAGAUUGGUUGAGAAGCUGAACUUUUUGCAGAAUACUAGACCUGAUAUGUCUUUUUCAGUCCAGCGUUUGAGUCAGUUUUUACAUAAACCUCAAGUCCCACAUAUGAUAUCUGCUUUGCAUGUGCUUAGAUAUCUUAUAAAUGACCUUGCUCAAGGUGCUCUCCUCUGCAAUUUUUCUAAUUUUUCUCUUCUCGCUUAUUCUGAUUCUGAUUGGACAUCUUGUUUCUCACAAGUCUAUUAG